UUGUGAAACAAACUGACAACUGCUGUUCGCGGGGGAGGAACGGCGCUGAAUUUUUAGCUGGAUGCCAGCCACUAAAGACUUGUCGUUUCUCAUAAAUAUGGAUGCAAGUGGAAGGCGGCGCUUUUUUUUUUUUUUUUAAUAAUUUGACAUUUAUAUCUUCCAAGAAAAUUACCAAAAAAGAAGACUCUUUGGCUCUUUCGUUAGUUCUACUUUGCUUCCAAGACAGACAGUUUCCUCAUUUGGGAUCAUCAGGCACUAUUUUGGAUCAUUUUUUUCUAGACCUUUAUAAUUUGGCAUAAAUUGGGAGACAGCACAAACCAAUCUCCUCAGCUCAAAUCCAGAAAAAACGUUGCUCGGUCCGAGCAAGCCGUGCAGAAGAGAUGGAACAGCCUAUCCGGUUUGGCAUCAUGGGAUGCGCAGCCAUAGCGCGCAAGUUAUCUCGAGCCAUCAAGCUAUCCUCAAAUGCAACCAUUGUUGCUGUUGGGAGCAGAUCCCCAGACAAAGCUGACGGCUUCAUCAAAGAUAACGGCUUGCCGGAGAACACAAAGGUGCACGCCAGCUAUGAAUCUCUGCUUGAUGACCCCGACGUCGACGCCGUCUAUGUGCCUCUGCCCACAAGCCUUCACCUUCAAUGGGCCGUUGCUGCCGCCGUCAAGGGUAAACACAUAUUGCUCGAAAAGCCGGCGGCACUCUGUGUUGCAGACCUUGACCAGAUACUCGAUGCCUGCGAGGCCAACAAUGUGCAGUUCAUGGAUGGCACUGUGUGGAUGCAUCACCCUCGGGCAGCUAAGAUGCACGACCUUAUCCAAGAUCCUCAUCUCUUCGGUCAGCUGAAGAUGGUGAACAGCAUAGCUAGUUUCCAUGCAAAACCAGAGUUCCUCCAUGAUAACAUCCGUGUAAGGCCUAAUCUUGACGGCCUUGGUGCUCUGGGUGAUCUUGGCUGGUACUGCAUCCGAUUCAUAUUAUGGACUGCAGACUACGAGUUGCCCAGAACUGCUGUUGCUUUUCCCAACCCUGUUAAGAACGAAGCAGGAGUUCUUCUCUCAUGCGGAGCAUCAUUACAUUGGGAAAAUGGAACGGUCGCAACGUUUCAUUGCUCCUUCCUUGCUCACAGAACAUUUCAAGCAACAGCCGUUGGAUCAAAAGGGACUUUAACUCUGAGCGACUUUGUAAAUCCUUUGGAGGAGAAGUCUGCAGGGUUCAUCUUUGCUUCUCAGUCUGGUUUCAAAGAGCUUAUUACGGGAUGGAAGCCAUUGCCCAGCAAUCAUGUUAUUCCCACUGAGAUUCCACAGGAGGCUUGCAUGAUAUCUGAGUUUUCGAGAUUGGUUGGAGACAUUAGAGAUGGCGGAGCAAAGCCAGAGAAAAAGUGGGCUUCCAUCAGUAGGAAGAAUCAGGUUGUGAUGGAUGCAGUGAGGGAUUCGAUUGACAAAGGAUUCAAGCCUGUUCAGAUUGUAGGCUGAUAAUAUUCACAACAUUGGUUAGGGAUUUUUAUUUUCUACGUUUGAUCAUGCAUGCUAAUAAAGUGUCUCAUGGCUGGGUUCGGAUGCUGUGCUGUGAGUGUUGUCAACUAAUCAGUUAACUUUCUACUGUUCUUCUUUUAGUUAAUGUUCGAAAUAAAUACUUUUUCAUUUCAGCUUCCACAAUAACAAGCAAUUAGUGCACCGUGGCGGCUCUGCAUAAGUCCCCUCUCGAUCCGAGUUUGAAUCCUUGACAAUACGGAAUUCAAAUUUGCACAUGGGGAUUGGUUGGGGGUCCGCCCUUUGG